CAACCGCCAUGAAGGGGAAAAAGAACUCGACACCCCCAACCUCUGACCAAUGGAGAAGUAAAGUGGGGCAAAAGAUCCAAUUUCUCCCGUGCUGCUUCCCCCGGCGUUCGCUGCCCCUUCCGACCAGCCGGCGCAUCACGCACGGCACGCCAUGAAGAUCGCGGUGGAGGGAUGCAUGCACGGUGAGCUGGACAAGGUCUACGACACGAUGCAGCGGCUCGAGGCGGCCGAGGGCAUCAAGAUCGACCUCCUCAUCUGCUGCGGCGACUUCCAGGCUGUAAGGAAUGAGAGUGAUUUACAGUGUGUAAAUGUCCCACCAAAGUUUCGUACCAUGAACUCGUUUUGGAAGUACUACUCUGGGCAAGCAGUUGCCCCAUACCCAACUAUCUUCAUCGGCGGGAAUCAUGAAGCAGCCAAUUAUUUGUGGGAACUGUACUAUGGAGGAUGGGCAGCACCUAACAUCUACUUCUUGGGGUUUGCUGGUGUUGUUAAGUUUGGAAAUAUUCGAAUUGGUGGAAUGUCAGGAAUACAUAAGCAACAUGAUUAUCACCGAGGACAUCAUGAGAGGCCUCCAUACGAUAAUGCUACUAUACGAUCAGUGUACCAUGUAAGGCAUUACGAUGUUCUCAAGCUAAUGCAUGUGAAGGAGCCUCUAGAUAUAUUCAUGUCACAUGACUGGCCUCUGGGCAUUACUGAAUAUGGAAACUGGGAGAGGCUCCUUCGAGAAAAACCGUUCUUCACAGAAGAGGUCCACCAGAGAAAACUAGGCAGCGAAUCUGCAGCAAAAUUGUUGAACAAAUUAAAACCACCGUACUGGUUUUCAGCUCAUCUUCAUUGUAGGUUUCCAGCUAUCAUUCAACAUGGUGAGGAUGGACCUACGACUAAGUUCCUUGCACUCGAUAAGUGCCUCCCCGGGCGGAAUUUUUUGCAGGUAAUAGACAUUCCAUCCAAUCCAGGACCAUAUGAAAUCCAGUAUGAUGAAGAAUGGCUUGCAAUAACACGGAGAUUCAAUAGUGCUUUCCCCUUAACUCGGAUGCCAUGUACAAUUCGGAACGAAGAACUUGACAUUCAAGAUGACCGGCAGUGGGUUAGGAGCAAGUUGAAUGCUAGAGGGGCUAAGACAUUUGAUUUUGUCCAGACUGCUCCACCUUAUGAUCCGUCCAGGCCAGUUUAUAAUCCCCCCAUAGCAGUUCCUUGCAGAAACCCACAAACUGAAUCAUUUCUCCAGUUUUUAGAGCUCCCAUAUCUGCUGGACUCGUCUAAUCCUGGCGGUGUUGAUAUAAAUGUAUCGAGCUCUCAGGCAGCACCUGCACUAGACAACGACGACAUAGAGCUCCCCGAUGAAGUUGAAGACGACGAAGAUGAUGAGGAGUGAAGCACUUAAAGUAGUUCUGUUGUAUUAUCCCUGGGUCCAGGGUUUUGUUGCCAUAUCUUGAUGGAUGUCAUUACCUCUGUAGAGCUUAACUGCAGAAGGAAAACUAACUUGUAGACCGUAGUACCGUACAGUAACCUUGCUUGAUUACGAGGUGUAACAGGAGUUA